UUCGUUCGCGAUCACGACGAAUGUCGCGUUAUUUUCAUUAGUUUUUGUGUUGUAAUGUAAAAUAUAUUUAAACGAUGCGUUUUACUUCUGUAACAAGUUUAUUUUCGUGAAGUUAACUCAUUUCGCGUCCGUCGCAAUCGUAUGCGAUGGACGUACCGGAUGAGGGUGUCCUGGAUGUAGAACUCCUCGGUGACGACGGCUCGGAGGAUGAAGGCGAAGCCCCGCCGUCUUCAGCCCAUGUUAACCCCUCGACAGAUUUCUACGCAGGGCCGGGGUCGACGCCGACCUCGUGCGCUUCGUCGCCGCGCGGCGAGGAGCCGGCGUCGCCGCACGGCGGGGUGCCGCAGCCGUCGUUCUUCCACCACCAGCCCUACGCGAGGCCCUUCUUCACGUCGGCCCGCCGGGGGCCCGGCAGGCCGCGCAAGGAAGGCCCCAAGUUGGUCAAAGAGGGCAAGAUUGUUAGGAGGUAUAGAAACCCUGGCUCUGUGAGAGGGGCGAAGAGACACCGCGGCAGCCGCGACGAUGUUCUCGAGGAAGGGAUGGAAGAGGACGACUUUACCAUGCCAGCUCCGGAAGAACCGCCUUUUAUGCCUGAAAAAUGGCCAGGGAAAGUGUGCGCUCUUUGCAACCUUAGCGAGCGCAGUCAGCUGGGCCAAGGCGAAAUGAAGCAGAUUCUGUGUAACAUCAAUGAAGGAGAUGGAAGCACCACGCCAGGAGUGUCCAACUCUGGGGGCGCGACCCCCACGAGCGCGGCGACCCCCACGAGCACCCCGUCCACCCCAGUGCCCCCCGGGCUGGCCUCCCCGCCCCCGGAACUUGUAGAUCCUACCCAACAACCGGCAGCACUACCUUUAAGUAGACGGCAGAAGGCUUUCGCCAAAUGCAAAACACCUCUAUACAACAUGGAGCAUACUGACGAACUGUCAAUAAUUGGACACGUAGAAUCAUUAGAAUUAACAGGGGUAGUGUCCUCCGGGGCUUUCUACCUGCACCGAUGCUGCCUUGAGUUCAGCCCGCCCUUCCACGACCAAGUGGUCGCCAACGCUGACGAAGAUAAAGAUCAGUUGGAGGAGGCGCGGGUCAAGGGCAUAGUCACUGCUGCCUUGUCGAGGAAAUGUGCCUUUUGUACGCGACAUGGUGCUAGUAUUCCUUGUAAGAUGAGUUGCAGUAAGUACUUCCACCUACCGUGUGUUCUCGCGUCUGGGGGUUACAUGGACUUCCAGACGAAAUCUUCUUUCUGCAAGGACCAUUUGUAUCAAGUGCCACUUGUUUGUCCCGCUGAUAUCGACUGCAGGACGUGUAGGACGAUCGGCGAUAUAGCCAACCUCAUGACAUGCGUGACGUGUGGCGCGCACUAUCACGGGACUUGCGUCGGCUUAGCCCAGUUGCCAGGGGUGCGCUCCGGCUGGUCUUGCCGCAUGUGCCGCGUGUGCCAGGUGUGCCGCGGCGAGGCGUCUCCAGCGGACGCGCGCGCCGUGGCCUGCGAGCACUGCGACAAGCUCUACCACGCGCUGUGUCUGCGCCCCGUUAUGGCUACUGUGCCUAAAUAUGGCUGGAAGUGCAAGUGCUGCCGCGUGUGUUCCGACUGCGGCGCGCGCUCGCCCGGCGCGGGCCCGUCGUCGCGCUGGCACGCGCACUACACGGUCUGCGACUCGUGCUACCAGCAGCGCAACAAGGGCUCCUGCUGCCCGCUCUGCCGCCGCGCCUACCGCGCCGCCGCCUACCGCGAUAUGAUCCGCUGCAUCACUUGCAAGAGGUAUGUUCACGGAACGUGUGACCCCGAAGCGGAACCGCAGCAACACAAGCUCAAGAAGGAUCAAAAUCCUCUGUAUGAAUACAACUGUCCAAUAUGCAAAACUCAUCUGCCUCUGCCGAGUGUCAAAUCCGGAUCCUUUGACGAUGACACUGCAGCAUCAACAUCCCAAGAUUCCUCAUUUGGGGAUGAAAAUUCGCAGCAAGAAACGGAUCCCCUUGCUAUUGAACCUAAACCGGACGUGGGUCUAGGAAAAGGCAAGCCUUUUUCGGUGUCCUCAAAGAUAGCUAAGAAGAAAAUUGGUGGUUACAAGUUGAAGGGUGGGUUCCCUCCCGCGGGCAAGCUCGGGUUCCAGAAGCGACAGCGCUCGGUGCUCGAUUUUGGCCGGAAGAGGGGAUCCAAGCCUAAGAUGAGGGGGGUGUUUGGAGUGCCUGGCCUGGGGCUGCAGAGGCCGCAGGCGCCUGACAAUAAGACUUCCGAAGACGAUCCAGCAAUGGAGAACAAACUGGUGCUCUGUUCGAGCAAAGACAAGUUCGUGCUGACGCAAGAUGUGUGCGUGAUGUGUGGCGCCGUCGGAACCGACUCCGAGGGCUGCCUCAUUGCGUGCGCGCAGUGCGGACAGACGUAUCAUCCUUAUUGCGUUAACAUUAAGGUGUCCCAAGUGAUAGUGACGUUGGGCUGGCGCUGCCUGGACUGCACGGUGUGCGAGGGCUGCGGCAGCCGCGGCGACGACAACCUGCUGCUGCUGUGCGACGACUGCGACACCACGUGGCACACCUACUGCGCGCGCCCGCCGCUCGCCGACGUGCCGCGCGGCCCGUGGCGCUGCGAGCGCUGCCGCCGCUGCCUCGUGUGCGGCACCCGCGACACGCUGGCCUGGUGCGACAACUACACGGAGUGUGCCCCGUGCGCGUCGCUGGUGAUGUGUUGCGUGUGCUCGGAGCCGUACUCGGACGGCGAGCUGAUCAUCCAGUGCGAGGCCUGCAACCGCUGGCUGCACGCCUCCUGCGACUCCAUCCGCAGCGAGGGCGACGCCGAGACGUGCUGCCGAGCCGGGUACAAGUGCAUAGUAUGCCGCGGGCGAGAAUUACCGCCGCCGCAUUUAACCCGCGCCAUCGAAUCGGCGCCCGCGCCGGCGCCGCCGCCGCCGCGCCCCCCACCUCGCCCUGCCCUGGCCCUCGGCUUGGGCGGCGAGUAUUAUGUCGACGACGUCUGCUUGUCCCAACACGGCGCACACUAUAUGAAGCAACUAGAAGCUGACUUGGGAAUAACCCAUACGAGGAGGAAGAGACGAUUCAAGAAUGACAACGCUGAAAAAGACGCAGAAAUAAUGGCAUCUAUUGAAACAGUGGUUCAAAACGCCGACGUCGAGAUGACUGACGACUCGAAGCCAGACAGCACUGCGGAGGUUAAAGAGGAACCUGGUCUGCCAUCAAGCGCCAGCCUGAAAGAGGGUAUAAUCUGGAACGUUGCGACCGACGGCCCGCCCCCAGAGGGCUUCACGAUAUGCACCAACGACGCCGGCCUUACUAUCCUGCGACGGAAACGCCAGAGAAACCUCAACAAGCUGGGGAUCGGGGGUUUUGUGGUGCGAAUGAGACAGGCGACGUUGAAAGCCCAGGCCGAAGAUGAGAAGGAGGGAGACGGCACGCAAGGAGAGUCGCCGGGCAAUAAACGCAAACCGCGGAGAAAGCCCCGAUCAAAACUGAUGGAACAGUUUCCUUCAUACAUGCAAGAAGCGUUUUUUGGGAAAGAACUUUUGGAACCCAGCAAGCCUACAGUCACGUCUACAGGUAACCCAUCAGAAAGUCCCGGAGGAUCGGUGCGCGGUGGCACUCCUGAAGGAUACCGUGAACUUCGAGACUUCAAACUGGAUCUAGAAAACUCGGAUUCCGAUGAGGAAGACUUUGUUUCUAUGCUGAAUGCUGUCAAUGACUUGGACCAGUCGGUUGUCAUUAUGCUAAAUGCGGAUGAAAUAGAACUCCUCAACUCUCUCAAACCAAAAGAAGAAAAGGACGACUCAACCGCCACCAACUCAGACGGCACAGUCAAGAUCAAGACUGAGACUGAAGACGGGAAUCUGAAGCAUACGGAAGACUCGACAGCGUUAAAGAACGCCAUACUGGGCCCUCAGCCAGAAGAAGCGCCCGCGCCGCCUGAGGCGAUACCCGCCGUGCAUACUACGAAGACUGAGCCUGUUAGCAGCGAAACGGGCGGGUCAUCGCAAGCGUCCACCAUAUCUCCCAAAGAUGACCUACUGCUCGGCGUGAACCUGGAUGCCAUGGUGCGAGAUUCGCUUCCCGAUAUGGACAGCAACGACGUCGACGAGAUAUUCAAGGGCGUGCUCACUGAUGACUCGCAGGAGUCCCAGGAGUCGUCAGUAUCGUACGUGAACUCGAUGGCGGGCACGCCGUACUCGCAGCAGCGGCAGCAGUUGCAGAGCCCUAUGGAGUACGCCUCGCCUUACCAUCACACUGAAUUCGGGAGCAGCAACAGCGCCCUAAGCCCGCUAUUCUCGGAGGGCGCGGGCGCCGCUACGCCCGGGAGCGCCACGCCGGGCACGCCGGGGCCCGCCGCGUGGCCCGAGCAGCCGCCCGCGCCGCCGCCGUCCUACAACCAGCGGAGCGCCGAUAAGAUGCGCGCUGAUGAGAGCUUAGGGUCAGCGGCGACAAUAUCUGCCGUUCUAUACGCCAACACCAACCACCCAGAAUGGAAAACAGAGUUCCCCAACUGGGUGGACCGUUGCAAGCAAAUCUUGAAGAAGUGGCGCGCGUUGCCUUCAGAGCAAAAAGCGCCUUAUCUCCAGCGCGCUAGAGACAACCGCAGCGCGAUCCGCAUGAAGAAGGCCCAACAGGUGAGGCAAACGGGCGGGUCAUCGCAAGCGUCCACCAUAUCUCCCAAAGAUGACCUACUGCUCGGCGUGAAUUUGGAUGCUAUGGUGCGGGAUUCGCUUCCUGAUAUGGACAGCAACGACGUCGACGAGAUAUUCAAGGGCGUGCUCACUGAUGACUCGCAGGAGUCCCAGGAGUCGUCAGUAUCGUACGUGAACUCGAUGGCGGGCACGCCGUACUCGCAGCAGCGGCAACAGUUGCAGAGCCCUAUGGAGUACGCCUCGCCUUACCAUCACACUGAAUUUGGAAGCAGCAACAGCGCCCUAAGCCCGCUAUUCUCGGAGGGCGCGGGCGCGGCUACGCCCGGGAGCGCCACGCCGGGCACGCCGGGGCCCGCCGCGUGGCCCGAGCAGCCGCCCGCGCCGCCGCCGUCCUACAACCAGCGGAGCGCCGAUAAGAUGCGCGCUGAUGAGAGCCUAGGGUCGGCGGCGACAAUAUCUGCCGUUCUAUACGCCAACACCAACCAUCCAGAAUGGAAAACAGAGUUCCCCAACUGGGUAGACCGCUGCAAGCAAAUCUUGAAGAAGUGGCGCGCGUUGCCUUCAGAGCAAAAAGCGCCUUAUCUCCAACGCGCUCGAGACAACCGCAGCGCGAUCCGAAUGAAGAAAGCCCAGCAGACGAGCGGCGGAGCGGCGGCGGCGGCGAGCGAGGCGGAGAGCUGCAGGGCGCCGACGACGCCGCCGGCGGGGGCGGCGGGGGCCGGCGGGGGCGGGGCGGCGGUCGCGGGCGGCCCGGCGGUGCGCGCGCCCAACGUCACGGUGACGGCGGCCGGGCUCCUGGAGGCCGACGCGCACAUCCGCGUGCUCACCCCCUCCGAGAUCAUGCGCACGCUGCCGCGCCUCGCGCACGANUCGCUGGGACAAUUUUACUGGUUGUACAGUUCAUAUACGAGCGGCGGAGCGGCGGCGGCGGCGAGCGAGGCGGAGAGCUGCAGGGCGCCGACGACGCCGCCGGCGGGGGCGGCGGGGGCCGGCGGGGGCGGGGCGGCGGUCGCGGGCGGCCCGGCGGUGCGCGCGCCCAACGUCACGGUGACGGCGGCCGGGCUCCUGGAGGCCGACGCGCACAUCCGCGUGCUCACCCCCUCCGAGAUCAUGCGCACGCUGCCGCGCCUCGCGCACGAUCGCAACACGGAGCAGGAGCGAACGUGCGGGCAGCAGCGCAGCGCGCGCGAGGCCGAGCAGGAGCGCCAGUGGAAGCACCUGCAGCAGCAGCGCCAGCAGCAGACGCAGCAGCAGCAGCAGAUCAUCCACGACCAGCGGAUGCACGGUACGUCAGCUAUUCAGAGGCUACGAGCGCCGGACGGCAGCGUGUCGCCAGCAGCAGCAGGGCCCGGGGCCCCGCCUACGCCCGGCGCGGGGUCCCCCGCGGGCCCCGGCGCGCCCCCCGGGCCCACGGCUGAGGCGCCGAGAAGUGCCUUCCCAGCACAACGCUUCCCGUUACACUACACCAACAAUGAAGACAUCAAUAGACAACUUAGAGACUUGCUUCAGCGACAUCCGGACAAGAUGUGGCCGCCGCAAGCUAACAACGAAGAAGGUUCAAUACAAGGCAUUAACGUAGAAGGACAACCAUUUAGGCAUCCUCUGCCAGUAGGCUUACGCCCAAGAACGCCUUUGCAACCUGGACAAAGGCCGGACCAUCAGAUACUAAUGCAACAACGCUUAGUGGCAGCGGAUAACGCCCAAAUGCAACAGAAUGCCGCGAACGCAGCUGCGCAGCAUCAAAUGGAACAGAACAAACAGAAUGUCAUGUCACAACAAGGAGGUCAAGGAGGCGAGACCAAACAAGAAUCCAAUCAAGACCAAGGGACUGACGAAAUGGAUAUGGGAGACAUGGAUAAACUGGAACAGGAUACUGGGAAUAUUGGCGAAGUGGACAUCCUAACGGGUCUAGGGGGUGAGGAUGACGAGGAACUCUUAGAGUCCCUGACGGCGGAGAUCGGCGAGCAGUUCAACAUUUUGGAGUACGCUGAUCCCGAGCUGGCAGCGCUCAAUGAUGCAGAACACAUCCUGGAUGGCCUGGAGUUGGCUGAGGAUGGAAUGGCGGAGAGGCACGCCAAGAUACAUCCAGAGGAUGAUAUGGACCAGAAGCCGGACACAAAAAUGGAUACGGAACUCCAAAAAGCAGUCAAAAACAUUGAAGCCACUAAAGAGGUUAAGUCGGAAUUGGAAGACGUGAAACAAGAGGGCGAAGUGAAAGUGGAGGGCGGUCCGCAGCAAACUGUCACGCAGAUGUUCUCCGACGGCGUACAGAGGAUCAUUAGCACUAAUCAACAGAUGGCGCUACAGUCGGCAAUGCAGGCGAUCAAGGCGGAGGUGAAGCUCGAAGGCGACGAAAAAAACGAAGCGCUGCGAAACGCCGUGCAAUCGCCGCAGCGGCCGCCGCAGCAAAUGUUUGCGCAGCAACGGAUCAAGAUACCUGUGCAGUGGGCGCAAUACGGGCAGCAGCAGCAGCUUGGUCAGCAAACGCAGCCAGUGCAGCGGCCGCAGGUGCAGUUCACCGCGCAGCACCCCAUGCACUUCCAGGGUGGCGCGAACUCAGCUCACACUCAGAGCAUAGUAAACGCGAUGACCGCUCAAGUGAACGCGGCGCUAGCGGCCGGUCGCACCAUCCAGCCGGGCACCCGCCUCGUCGGCCUCGACGGAGCCGUGGGCGUCGUGAGGCAGGACCGCACCGUCGCGCUCGCUACGCUGCCGCACUCUGCUAACGGUGAGUCAUCUCUGACUGACUCAGUUUUGACUAUAGUAAACGGAAUGACCGCUCAAAUGAACGCGGCCGGUCGCACCAUCCAGCCGGGCACCCGCCUCGUCGGCCUCGACGGAGCCGUGGGCGUCGUGAGGCAGGACCGCACCGUCGCGCUCGCUACGCUGCCGCACUCUGCUAACGGUGAGUCAUCUCUGACUGACUCAGUUUUGACUAUAGUAAACGGAAUGACCGCUCAAAUGAACGCGGCCGGUCGCACCAUCCAGCCGGGAACCCGCCUCGUCGGCUUCGACAGAGCCGUGGGCGUCGUGAGGCAGGACCGCAUCGUCGCGCUCGCUACGCUGCCGCACUCCGCUAACGGUGAGUCAUCUCUGGCUGACUCAGUUUUGACUAUAGUGAACGCUAUGACCGCUCAAGUGAACGCGGCGCUAGCGGCCGGCCGCACCAUCCAGCAGGGCACCCGCCUCGUCGGCCUCGACGGAGCCGUGGGCGUCGUGAGGCAGGACCGCACCGUCGCGCUCGCUACGCUGCCGCACUCUGCUAACGUCCGUUACCCCCCAGCGGCAGUGGGCGUGAACGUGGGCGUGGCCGGCCGGGCCCCGCCCCCGCCGCCCUACCCAGGGACCCUCCGGCCGCCCGCGCCGCCCGCCCCGCACGCGCCGCCCGCCCAGCCGCCGCCGCCCUACCCGCAGAACGUAAACCAGGAGCAACCGUUGCUUCUGGAGGAGCUCCUGGAGCAGGAGAAGCGGGAGCAGGAGCGCGAGGGCGGCGAGUGGGGCGCGCCGGCGCCGCCGCCCGCGCCCGCCGCGCCGCCCGCGCCGACGUUGCCGCUGUACGCCGCGCCGCCGCCCGCCGCGCCGCCACCGCCGCCCGACCGGCCGCUCUCCGACGCCGACCACCACGCGCGCCUCCUCUACGAGCAGUGGCUCAAGCGCUUCGCCGCCUACGCCGCCGACCAGCAGACCUACUACGAGGUCGAGGUCCAGAAGCUCCGCAAGAUGCGCAAGUCGCUGAACAGUAAGCAGCGGCAGCUGCGCAAGUCGGGCAACGAGCUGCAGCCCAACGACGCGGCCGAACUGCAGCGCGUGUCCACGGAGCAGCAGGCGCUGCAGAAGCACCUGGACGCCGCGCGAAAGCAGGCGCGGCAGCACACCAUGCUGAUACAGGAAUAUGAGACAAAGCAGAGGCAACAAAAUCCGCAGCUAGCACAACAAAACGUGAUGAAUCAGCAACAGAUUUCGUCGAACCAGACGGUGUUCGCACAAAACCAAAAUAUGGGACAAGGACAGCAAAUGCAGCAGCAGACGAUUAACAGACCGAUGCAGCUGGGACUGCAGGGGUCUUUGCAACAGCAGCAGACUUUGAUCAGAACUCAACAAACCGUUUUGAACUCCGAGGGCCAACCGAUGACGCAGCAGAGGAUAGGGUUGGUCACGUCGCCGCUCAAUACCCAAGGAAGGAUUUUACAAAGCGGGCGGACAUUGGUCAUAGAGCAGACCGGGGCUCCUCAGCAGCAGCUAGUGAGGCAGUUAGGCGUGCAAGAGAGACCGCAGUCUGUCGGCGGCAUAGUUCAAUUCGGUCAGCAGCAGAUAACCGGAGUUAGAAAUGCGAUGCAAGCGGGAAAUCAAACGCCGCGGCCGCCGGGAGCGCGACCCGCGAUGUCUCCGCUACACGUGCAAUCGCCGCAUUCUCAGUCGCCGCAUCAUCCUCUUGCGCCGCAGUCGCCAUUGCACCAUCUGACGUCACCGAUGCAGUCGCCGCUGCACUCGGCGCAGUCGCCGCUGCACUCGCAGCAGUCGCCGCUGCACGCGCAACAGUCGCCGCUCCACUCCCAGUCUAACGUGCCGCAGUCGCCAAUGCAUCCUCAGCAGUCGCCUCUACACCCGCAACAAUCGCCUAUGCAUCCGCAACAGUCGCCGAUGCACCAGAGCCCGAUGCAUCCGCAACAAAGUCCGAUGCAUCAGCAGGGCCAGAUGUCGACGCAGCACUCGCCGAUGCACCCGCAACAAUCGCCGAUGCAUUCGCAACAGUCGCCGAUGCACUCGCAACAGUCUCCGAUGCAUAUGCAGCAGAGCCCGAUGCACACGCAACAGAGCCCGAUGCAGUCGUCGAUGUCGCCACAACAUUUCCUGCAACAAUUCCAAGCGCAGAGGACUAGUCCGCAGUUGCCUACUCCCAGUAGGAGUCCACAGAUUUAUCAACAGUCACAAAUCCAAAGUCCUGUAGCGUCGCACUCGCCUCAAUUGCAAAACCAGAGUGACUACGCAACGGGAAGAUUCCCUCGGCCGGCACCUGGAUGCUCGCCCCUGCCGACGCGGUUCGCCAGGCCGCCGCAUCAUCAGCAAGGAAUGAGGGUGGGCGUGCCUUUUGGCAGCCGCCAGCAAACGUCUCCACUCGGCAGUCCGCAGCCAUUGCCGUCACCCGGCAACCCGGCUUCCGAGAUUGCGCGUCAGCAAAUGCUCCAACGCCAGCAAUACAGCCCUAUGGGCGGGGCGCCAUCUUCUCCGUCUCUCUCGCGCUCGCCGCACGUGGCCCGCACGCCCACGCCGCACGCCUCGCCCGCCGCCUCGCCCGCGCCGCACCACGACCACGGCGGCGGCCCGCACCACGCCGCGCCCUUCCCGCCCGGCUACCGGUACACCAAGCCUGGGUUGAUGGGCGGCGCGCCCGUCUGGCCGGCUAAGGACCGCCCGCAUCAUUUGGCUAAGCUCUCCUGCUCGCCGCAUCAUGAGCAUGGCGGCGGCCCGCACCACGCCGUGCCCUUCCCGCCCGGCUACCGGUACACCAAGCCUGGAUUAAUGGGCGGCGCGCCCGUCUGGCCGGCUAAGGACCGCCCGCAUCAUUUGGCUAAGCUCUCCUGCUCGCCGCACCACGACCACGGCGGCGGCCCGCACCACGCCGCGCCCUUCCCGCCCGGCUACCGGUAUACUAAGCCUGGAUUAAUGGGCGGCGCGCCCGUCUGGCCGGCUAAGGACCGCCCGCAUCACCUUGCCAAGGUGUCGAUCCUAAAGCGGCGAACGCCUCCACGGCCGCGGCUGUCGGCGGCGCCGCUGGCCCCGGCGGCGGGCGCGGAGGACUACGUGCUGUACUCGCAGGACGGCGAGUUCCGCGACGACGCGCUGGCGCCGCUGGACGACGACGACAUCGUGCUGGUGGAGCCCGGCGCCGCCUCGCCGCGGGAGCGCAUCGCCACCGAGGAGGACUUCGAGGAGCUCAUCGACGGCGGCAAGCCCGACGACGAGCCCGACGACGACGCGCCCGCCACGCGCACCGAGACCGCCACCAAGACCGUCGCCGUCAUCAGCCUGUCCACCAAGCAGCCCGCGCUGCAGCAGUACUCGCUGGCGCGCCUGCCCGUGCUCAGCGCCGCCGUGCUGCAGCAGUCCAACAAGAUCCUCGACGAGGUCUCGCAGGCCACCGUCGCCUCCGUGUCCAUCGCCAACCAGACCAUCUCCGUGCCGGUGCUCAAGAGCCUGGCCGUGCCGCUGCACGCCGGCGCGCCCAAGCCCGCGCUCAAGAAGCCGCUCGCCAGCCCCGUCAUCAGCGUCAUCUCCUCUAACGUGCCCAAGCCCUCGCCCGUCAACCCCGUCAUCGUCACCUCCGCCGCCGGCGCGCGCGUGCCCGUGUCCAUCCUCACGCAGCACCAGGUCAAGCAGAAGAUCGUCAAGACCAUCGAGAAGCCCAUGGCGCUGUCGCUCUCCAACACCAAACUCUCGAGCUUGUCCGUCACGCACGACGCGACUCUUCCCGCGAAGAUAUUCCAGGACGAGGCCGCGUCGCCGGACAGCACGGUCCCCCCGGAGAGUAACACUGAGAAGGAGCUGCAGAACCAGAUAUCUUCGUCGUCGUCGCACCACAUGCUUUCGAUGUCCUCUCAGGGCACGUCUCACGACCACCGCCCGGCGCCCAUCAUCAAGGAGCCGAACAAGGACAUAGAUAUCGAGACGGAGAUCAGUCAGCAGACGGAGCUUCCCCACACGUUGUGUAUUACUGACCGAACGCCUCUGCUUCUGGGGAAGGCGGAUAUAAAGAGUCCGGACCCGAUUCCCGAGAAGAUACCCGAUAACAUUAUGGAGGGCGACGAUGAAGAUAAGCCCGAGGACAACAUUCAGAGCAAUUUGCUGCUCUCCUACAGCAAAAGCAUUACCGAGCAGCAGCAGGCGGCGCAGAAUCCACCGUUGCCGGAGACUAAACCUGAGGAAAACGUUGUCAAAACCAUCAAAGCGAUAGCCAAUCAAGUCAUAGACUCGAAUAUGCAAAUAGCUUCUGAUAUUUCGCAGGAGUCGGUUCAAAUAUCUAUACCGUCACCGACGCCCUCGCAAGAGAGAUACCUCAAUGAUAUUACGAUGCAAGAACAUCAGGAGGCCGUGGAAGGAAACUCGAAACACGUCGAGUUUGAAGAUAUGCUCUGUAUGUUUGAAAACAUCACGGAUACAGACACCAAAACGUAUGGAAUGAAGCAAACGAAUCAAAAACCGCCUAACCCUCCCGUGAAUAUACCAGCGAAGAGUGACAAUAAAGAAACUCAGGAGCAAAUGACAUUCCCCAAGAGAGAAACUGAAAGACUAAAUAUACAAUCGGCGACAGUGCCUCAGCUGUCCCCGUUGUCGCAACCCGCGGAACUGACGUCUAAUAUGGCGAACGUUUCGCAACAACUUCGUACAAUAAUGUCAUCGCUGAACACCAACAAUUCCAAAGUAGAAUCUCAAACAAUGUCUAUGAUACGUAAAAACAGUGAUGCGACGACUCCCACCCAAGUGAAUUUCGAAAACUUGUUGCCUUCGUCCAAAGUAGAAGUGGCUGCGUCUAGGCCCUCACCAGUUCAAAGAAUAGAAAAGCCUAUGACGUCUCUGCCAUCAUCGGAGAGUAUGCCCAUGAGUGCAGCUCAAGUCAUCGGUUCGCGGGUCAAUACUCUAUCUUCGAUGACUCAGCUUAGAAAAUCGCCGACUGUUUCACCGAUAAAUUCCCCCGUGAGCAUGCAGAAUACGAUGAUGAAAUCCCCUGCGCAGUCUCCACUAAUAUCAAAUCAAGCUUUCAGUCAACCCGAAGAUAUAAUAACCGUGUCAACUGUGUCUUCGCAAAUAAUACAAAUGCCUGCUUUAUCAAAAAUACACAGUAGCACUCCGCCCUCUAUGAUUCACUCGAGUAACAAUACGACAAUCACCACGAGCGUCUGUGGUUAUCAAAAGCCGCCUUUGCCGACGAGUAUAUUGGGCCACACGCUGCUUCAGCCGAGCAGACAAAUAAAUACCAACAAUUUGCCUUUUAGUCAACAAAGUAUUAGCUCUAGUCAGCCCCCGGCACUAGUGAUGACUUCGAGGCCAUUGAUGGGUAAUAAGGAACCGCCGCCUAAUGUUACAGUUAGGACGCAUAUCGCGAGCCCGGGAAUGGGGCAAAUGCAAGCCAAAACUAGCACGGGCCCAAUCAAUUUUAUAACGUCAUCAAAAUUAUUACACACGCAGCUAACAUCACCGCUGAAACGAUCCAAGUCGACAGACGAACCUAAAAGUGAAGUUAUCGUCGGCCAUAUUCAGCCUACGAAAAGGCACAGCGUAGAAGCUGUCGUCGUCAAAUCGGAGCCCAUGGAGACUGACGAUCCGAAUACAUCUGCCGCAAACACUGACGCGAGUAAAAUCCUACAGCAGAACUCUGCAAACCAAAGAAAUGACGAGUCGCAAAAUGUAUUGCUGAAACAACUUUUACAAACUACGACUACCGCCGCAAAUGUCGUUCCUCAACGCACCAUGACCAUACAGAGAACGGCGCCCGCGCUAGGCACGAUCCCAUCGCUCGAAGCGCAGCUCGCUAGACCGCCUAUACCUCCACCUACGCUAGCUUUAACACAAGAAGUGGAAAUUCCAAAGAACUCUCCUAGGCAUAUACAUACCACAGUAAAUUCACCGUUCACAUCUCGACCCAUGCAAACAUCGAUACCCACUUCAUCUAUAUCACCAUUGAUGCACACCUCGACGCAAUCUUUGAUGGAUGUUAGAAAACUGCCUAUGAAGAUAAUGACGAAGGAGGAGACUACGCCGCUUCCAGAGAGUUCGCCGACGAUGAAAACACUGCCCAUGUACCCAAUGAGCGUCGAAAAUCAACAGCUUCAACAAGCUAUAAAGAAAGAGAUCGCUCCUCCAAUGCAGAGUCCUGUGCAUAGACCAUUUACUCCGUUAGAUGUUAAAAAAGAACUGCUAGAUGAGAGCUCGCAGCAAUCCGCAACCUCUGGCAUUUCUACUGCGUCAGAUCAGGGCAAGUUAGAUCAACCGAUGAAAGAAGAAUUUCCAGAAACCGUUAACAUGGAUCCUUCGUCGGAGGUCAACGCACCCGAAACGCCAUCUGAAGCUAAGAAGCGCAAACGUCGAGAGUACCAACAAAAGAAACGAAAGCAGAUGCAACUGAACAUGAAAGCGGCUGCGGAAAACAAUUUGAACGCGGCCAACGCUAAAAAGAGGCCUCGAAAAGGCUCCAGAUACGAAGAAGAUUAUGACACUUUUAUUGAUAACUUGAUGACUCAGCUGCGCUUACUUCCUCAGAUGCAAAUACAAGAGCCCACUUUGACGACCAACUUCGCAGUGUGCCCACUGUUUGGUUCAGGUGACUUGACUAAACUUAAAAAUAAAGAUUAUGACAUUCUGAAAGGUGACCUUCUGGGGGAGUUUGGUAACGCCAAAAUACCGAAUGUUGCCGAUUAUUACAACACAAAACCCUUUGGAGAUGAGGAGCCGCUGCCUGAAAAACAGGCUGCGUCGACACAGAGAGGCUUUUAUGACCAAGAAUUCCAGCCCAUUAUGUUUGACGACGAUCCAGAAGACAAAAAGCUGGACUUCAUAUGCAAAGAAAGAGACACAGAUACACCUGACAGUAUUGUUAGCUGUUCUAGUCCCGAAUGCCUCGACAUAGAAUCUGCAAAUCGGUUUCCUGGGCUCAAACUUAUCGAAGACGACGAAGAAGACGAGGAUAGUGAUUCUGCUUCGGGUCGCGUGUCUCCUGUGAUACCUCUCAUCGCGCCGGUCCCGAUCAGAAUCAAACCCGUCUCGUUAUAUCAGCUCAAAGAGGAGGAAGAAGUCCAGAAGCCUCUAAAAUGCCUCGAAACGGAAUCUCCUGCCAAACCAAAGAUGGUAGAUUCUCCGGGUAGUACAGAAAGUAAUGAAAACGUCACUGUUACGCUCACUUUAACCUCCGGUGCCGCUGAAGAUAUACUGGGAGUGCUGAAAGAACUCGCCGGGAUAUUACAUAUACCUCCGCCUACCGCAUACCAGAUAAUAGAAAGAACUGCCACGCCCCCAUCACAUAAGCUGGGAUUGUACAGAUCGAAGGGAAAAGACGGCAAAGAGGGAACACCAAUCGACAUUCAAAGCAUUCUGAAUGGUGCUGCUAAGUUCUGCCGACACUGCGAUGUCGUAAUUUUAGAUUCAGUCGUCCGAGCAAAGGCAUCCGAAUUCCCUCUAUUGUCGGCUAACAAAGGAAAUGCUGGCGAAAUCCUGUGCGACAGCGAUUCCGAGCUAUAUUUCUGCAGCACGCAAUGCUACCAAAGAUUCGCCUGGCGUCCCACCAACAUAAUCCUCGAUGGUAAAUCGAAGACCACCGUCAAAGAGGAUAGCAAGUCUGACGUCGAAACCAACCUGUCGAAAGACCGCGACGACUUCGACACCGCGUCCACCGAGAGCAUGGAGACCGACGAUUUGGAUAUCAAGCCUGACAUCAAAGACGAGAAGAUGGAUUUAUCAUUCAUGGAUUCAUUAGACAACGACGAACUGAUGAAGGAAGUGGGAGACGACGUCAGCGCGUUAGACGAGGAUUUGAAGAGCGUGGAACAUGACGAGAAGAGUAACCAGAGCACUGAGCCCGAAAAGUACCGAGGGAUACGAUACAAGGCGUGGUCGCCCGGUUGUAUCGGGCCGCCCGCGAAAUACAAGCGCCCCACCGAUAGGGAGUUGACCGAGCUAGUGUUCAGGACAGGCGUUGCUAUAAUGCCGGUGACUAAUGAAGAUACUAGGAAGUGUGAACUGUGCGGUAUACAGGGUGACGGUGUGGCGGACGGAGUGUCGAGGUUACUGAACUGUGACGUAGAUAGAUGGGUGCACUUGAACUGUGCGCUGUGGUCAGAAGGCGUGUAUGAGACCGUUAGCGGGGCUCUGAUGAACGUUGAGACCGCUCUUGCUAACGGGUCCACGGCCGCCUGCGCCGUUUGCAGGAGACUGGGCGCGACCGUGAGGUGCUUCAAGGUGCGCUGCGGCAGCGUCUACCAUCUGGGGUGUGCGGUCAAGGACAGCUGCGUGUUUUACAAGAACAAGACUGCCUUCUGCUCUUCCCAUGCACCCAAGAAUGAAAAAGACAACGAGCUCACCACAUUAAGCGUGCAACGCCGCGUGUAUGUCUCCCGCGACGAGCAGCGGCAGGUGGCGUCUGUGAUGCUUCACUCCGACACCAACCACCUCAUCCGCGUGGGCGGGCUCAUCUUCCUCAGCCCCGGCCACCUGCUGCCGCACCAGUUGCACGCCUUCCACACGCCCAACUACAUCUACCCUGUGGGGUACAAGAUCGUGCGCUUCUACUGGUCGAUGUGCCGCGCCAACAGCCGCUGCCGCUACCUGUGCUGGAUCUCGGAGGACGAGGGCCGGCCGCGCUUCCACGUGCGCGCGCAGGACGAGCCGCGCACCGAGCGCGCCGCCGCCACGCCGCGCGCCGCCUGGGCCGAGGUUCUGGAUGCAGUAGCGGCGUUACGAGAAAACCGCGGCGAAGACGGAGUGCUGAAGCUGUGGCCCAACUACGUCACGGGAGAAGACCUGUUCGGCCUCACUGAACCGGCCGUCGUCAGGGUGCUAGAGAGUUUGCCAGGCAUUGAAACGCUGACGGACUACCGAUUCAAGUUCGGUCGUUCAGCGCUACUCGAAGGCGGUCUCUGCGUGAAUCCAUCUGGCUGCGCUCGAAGCGAGCCUCGCUGUAAAGGGGCGUGGCGCCGCGUGACGCGCUCUCUGGUGCCGGCCACGCCCACGCCCGCGCCGCCCUCGCCCUCCGACCACCCCGCCUGCCCCUACUCCAAGCAGUUCGUGCACACCAAGAGCAGCCAGUACAAGAAGAUGAAGCUCGAGUGGCGGAACAACGUUUAUCUGGCCAGGUCUAAAAUCCAAGGGCUCGGACUGUACGCUGCCCGCGACCUCGAGAAGCACACAAUGGUCAUCGAGUACAUCGGCGAAAUCAUCCGCUCCGAGCUCUCGGAGAUCCGGGAGAAGCAAUACGAAGCCAAGAACCGAGGGAUCUACAUGUUCCGGCUGGACGAGCGGCGCGUGAUCGACGCCACGCUGAGCGGCGGGCUGGCGCGCUACAUCAACCACUCGUGCCAGCCCAACUGCGUGGCCGAGACUGUGGAGGUAGACCGCCAUCUCCGCAUCGUCAUCUUCGCCAAGCGACGCAUCGCCAGGGGGGAGGAGCUGGCAUACGACUACAAAUUCGACAUUGAAGACGACGCACACAAGAUUAUGUGCAUGUGCGGAGCGCCCAACUGCCGCAAGUGGAUGAACUAAGCGCCAGACUCGCGGGAGAUCCCAUCUUCCGGGGUCAAACACAGCACUGAACUAUACUCCGAGACCUCAUCUCGCUUGCGUUCGGAACACAAAGAUUAUGAUCCGAAACCCUCGCGACGUUUUUCGUACAACUUCCCAAGUUUCGAACGCCAGCGGGAUAUGGGCCUACAAAGCUAGUGAGCAAGUAUUUUCUUAUGCCAUUCGUUUGUAGAAUAGAAAAGGCUAUGAUACCUAGUUUUACGUACCAAAGUGAUUUUCAACAUGUAAUAUAAGUGGACGAAUAAUUUAGAGCUGACGUGUGAUUAUCUAUCAAUAAGACAAUAUCAAAAGUUUUACUGAUAGUACCCAAUUAACUAUAAUUUUUCUAUUUCUUUUUUAGUAAU